UCUUUUUGAGCACUGGAUAUUUUAUCGCAUGUUCGGAGGCGUCAGGAAUCAGAAGAACAAUGAUAAUCUCCAUCCACUUCACUUUGCUCUUUUUUUGGGUCUCACAAGAUUUGGUGAGCUGCGUUAAUUUGACGGUACCGGUUAAUUUCUUGCCUGUAGCGUUAGGUGAUUCUCUAACAUUAAACUGCACGUACAAUUGCUCCAUUGGAUUUAUUCGUGGCUGUUGGAGCAAAGGAUCAGACAACUCUCCUUGCCUCGGGACAAUAACCAAAAGCAGCUUGUGCUCCACAUCCCUUCAUCUAUCAAAUGUGUCUGCUGAUGAUCUUAAGAAGAACUACACUUGCUACACAGUGGCUACAGAUAAACCUCAACUGCCACGAACAACAGAGCUCCUUGUUUUAUUGCAACCUCAAGCUCAAAGUGCCCCCAACUCGACAGCUAUGCCAAAGCUGAGUGUAACAGAGAACGCAGUGCUUCCUGCUAACCCUAAAAACACAACUGAAGGAGAAUUUACUGGCAUUAAGGUUUUAGCGACAGUUACUGCUGCUGUGGCUGCGUUGCUUGCGGCGUUAGCCGUUUACCUGUGGCUGAGCCAGAACAAACAGAACCCGGACGAUAAAGGGGAGCCAUUUGUGUCCAGAUCAGGCUCACCUCUACUUCUUCACGCUGCCCCCAAACCAGUAAAGGGGUCACUGUCAAUACAAAGUGAAAGAGUGAGGAUUCAUGCACCAGAUAACGAGAGUGACACCGAGGUCCCAUAUGCUGACAUCAUGAUCACCAUCCGAGGUGUCAGUACACCCGAGCUCACUCAGGUCGGCUACCUGGCUGCUGGAGAUCAAAAGUUGUGGGGAGAUGAAUCAAGGUGUCACCUGCAGGCGUCACGUUCAGCUGACCGACUGCAUGUCCCACAGCCCAGAGAAGUCAGCCGCAAGAUGAGCACAAACUCUGAAUAUGCAAUCAUCACAUAUGCAUGACAGUGGUCCUUGCUGCGGGAGCAGAAGAUGAAGAGGGAAAAAAUCUUUUGGUUUUUUAUUUUGUAUUUUUAUUAAUCCAUUUUUUAUUUCUUCUUUUUAAGCAAUGCAUUAUUAAAAGUGUUUACCUCUCAUAUUUGUGGUAUGUGUUCGGACCUGCAAUUAUAUCAA